AUGCUCCACAAGCGAUUGAACCUCAAAGAGCCCUCUAAGGAACAACAAAUCUUCAGAGCGAAGCGCGAUCGCGAGCAAGUCCGUCAGAUUGCGUCCAAACUAUACGCUAAAGUGCCCCGAGAGGUACGAGAUGAAGUAUACCGGUACAUUGUUGCUGACUGCGAGACAAUGUAUUUUGGAUCCGGUCUGGGUGGUCUUAGUACGGCAUCUGAUGAAGAAUUUGUCACAUCAGACUACAAAGUAUUUUGCCCAUCUUACGUGGGCUACGAGGUUGCACGCGAAGCGGCGGAAUGCUACUAUGCUACCAACGUUUUCGAGGUGGGCACUCAAGCCAUCUCGCCAGAUUGGGCUUCAAAACGUCCGGGCUUACCGCAGUUGAUGCCGCUACUGGCAGAGGACUGUUUCAACCUGGGUGUACUGCCGUACAAGUUUAUCCGGCAGAUAUACAUCAGGAUCGUAGUCACUGAUAUCUGCCCGAGAAUGCCAAUUGGAUCCGAGGAACUCUUGUGGAGAGAACUAUCGAAUCUCGGUAAUUUACACAGUGACCUAGAGUCUGCGCUUUCGCUCGUGGAACAUAAAGCUAAGCUUGACGUUCGAGUUCAGAUCUCGCCCGACGAACCUCGAUGGUAUGGGGAAGCAAGAACGGAGUGGAAAGACUCUGGGCUGGACGAGAUGGAGAUUUCGCAGCGUAUCGGGUUCCUGAAUGUGGAGCGUAGCAUUCUUAACGUGUUGGAGGCAAUGAGAAAACCUCUUUACGAUCUGAAAUACGCUGGCUCUUCUAUCACAAUUAUGUGCCAGACGAUGUCGAGUGAGGAUGAUCGGAAGAUGCAAGGACUAUUUUACCUCACCGAAGAGGAUUGGCAAAAGGAGAAGGAAGAGCAUACACUGCAAUCGGGAUACUAUCGACCUUACCGAAACUUCAUCGAACAAAGCAUGCUAGCAGACGGUCCGCUCAGUUACAAAGAAGAAUUUGCCAACAAUCUACCUCAAUUUAGGCGCAGGUGGGGCUAUAAAGACUUCCAGAAAUUCAUGUCUCCUCCAGAAGACGAUGGUUACUACGACGAUGCGUAUGAAGAAAGAGAAAGCGAGGACGAAGACGGAGACAGCGAGGACGAAGAUGGAGACAGCGACGAUGAAUAUGGAGGAAAGCAACCCAAACAUGGAGCUAAUUAUCCGCCCCUGGAGAUGUAUCCUAGGGAGAUGAUGGAGCGCAUACAAAUGAUGAAGCGCUUAGGGGGACCAUCAUGGGGUGUGCUACCCGAAGAGAGAGCGUAA